AUGGCACAAGCAGGAAUUAAUGCCAAACCUUCACUGUCUGCCUGGCCAAGCAAUGUUGUUCCUCAGGGACAGAAUGUGACCCUCAAUUGUGACACUCACAACAAGUUUAACAUAGUCAAGUUUUACAAAGAGGAUGGGGAUCCAAACCUUCAGGUCCAUAAAAAAAUGUUCCGGGGGAGUCUUGUCUUGGGGCCUGUGACACCAGCAUUUGGAGGAACCUACAGAUGCUAUAGUUAUAAACAUCAAUACCAUAAUGAACUCUCAUCACACAGUGAGCCUCUGAAGAUCAUAAUUUCAGGAAUCUACAGGAAACCUCUCCUCUUGGUCCUACCAACUCCUCUGGUAAAAUUAGGAGAGAAGAUUACAUUGAAGUGCCACUCAGAGAUUAUGUUUGACAUUUUCAUUUUGACUUCACAUAGUAUGGGAAUAAACAAGGACACUUUUCAGCUCUCUGCAGAAUAUCAUUUUGGAGGAUCCAAUGCCAACUUCCCAAUAGGACCCAUGACACCUGAGCAUGCUGGGACUUACACAUGCUAUGGUUCUUACAAGCAUACACCAUAUGAGUGGUCUGAAUCCAGUGACCCUGUUGACAUAAAGAUCACAGGUUUAUACAAGAAACCCUCUCUGUCUGCCCUGAUGGGAACUGUGGAGACAUCAGGAGAGAACAUGAUCUUGACCUGCACCUCUGACUAUCAGUUUGACAUGUUCCAUCUGUCCAUGAAAGGGUUGCCUCUGGGACAUGGGUUGCCUGCAGAGCAGAGCCACAGUGGGACAUUCCAGGCCAACUUCCUUCCUGUUCCUUUGAUCCAGACAGAGACGUAUAGAUGCUAUGGUUCUUUCAGGAACCCUUCCCAUGUGUGGUCAUCCCCAAGUGACCCAUUGUACCUUUCUGUCUCAGGAAAUUUCACUUCAUCCACUGAACCAGACUCCAAAACUGAUAACCACAGGACCAUGAAUAUUCUGAUCGGGCUGUCAGUUACCAUGAUGUCUGUUUUCCUUACCAUCCUCCUUUAUUCUUGUUGCUCGGCCAAAAAGAGUAAAUCUCAGGAACAAGCCCCUACCAUGGACCAAGAGUGUGAAUCGAGAACAACACUGAACAGACAGAAUCCUGAAAGACAAGAAGUGCAGGAGGUGGCAUACUUGGAAUUUGAUCAGUUGAUCUUCAAACAGAAAUUACCCACUCCCAUUUCUCAGAUUCCAAAGGAAAUUUCCACAGAUCCCAGUGUGUACGUGGAAGUCAGGAAAUGUUAA